UAGAAAACGCCUUUCCCCGCGAUCCUAACCUCGGGGAGACGCCAUCUAGCUUCAUCCUCUCGACUCCUCCACCGCCAGGAUAUUAAACACCAUCGACCUUGGGUAAAUUUCCGUUUUGGGUAAAUCUCUCAGCUGACGAACGGGCCCCCGAACAGCUUUGACAUCAUCGAUCACUUUCGCUUCGUCGGAGUAAACAAACAGUUUUUUUUUAACUCAAUCAGUCACUGUUUUAUUGUCAAUAAUACGGAGUGCUGAAAACGGAAUGCGAAAGGUACAGAAAGUGUAAGUUUCGGGAAGAACGGAGUAAUUAGCCCGCGUGUGCCGAGAGGAAACUUCGACGACGUCGACGAAGUCGGUCUCGAGGAGGUCUCGAAUUCGACAGUCGGAGAAACGAUCGGCGGGAGGAUGAGACGGAAGGCGGGGGUGGGCGCGAUACAGAAGCAGAAGCUGGAGCAGGAGAAGUACCGGGACAAGGGCACGGAGAUCCAGGAGAACCAGUUCGAGCAGAUGACCAAGCACAUGGAGACGUUCCGCGUGAAUCUCGAGGAGUUCGCGUCGAAGCACAAGAGCGAGAUCAAGAAGAACGCGCAGUUCCGACGCCAGUUCACGGAGAUGUGCGCCUCGAUCGGCGUGGACCCGCUCGCGUCCGGCAAGGGCUUCUGGUCGGUGCUGGGGAUCGGCGACUUCUACUACGAGCUCGCCGUCCAGAUCGUCGAGGUGUGCAUGGCGACCAACUACAAGAACGGCGGCCUGAUAUCGCUGGACGAGCUGCGGACGCGGUUGAUUCAGGCACGGGGACGCCGGAAGGAGCAUCAGGAGAUCACCAACGAGGACCUGCUGGCCGCCGCCAAGAAGCUGAGGAUAUUCGGCAACGGCUUCUCCGUGGUUCCCAUCGGCAGGGGGAAGCACCUGGUGCAGUCGAUACCCGGCGAGCUCAGCAUGGACCACACCGCGGUGCUGCGCCAGGCUAGCACCGCCAACGCCCACGUCUCCAAGUCCAUGCUGUGCAGGGAGCUGAGGUGGGAGGAGGACAGAGCGCAGAAGGCCCUGGACCACAUGAUGAAGGAGGGACUGGCUUGGCUGGACAGACAGGCGGAGGACGAGACGUUGUAUUGGUUUCCCAGUUUAUUCGCAGCUUGCAUUAUUUCCAAAGAAUAAACUCGGUAUCAGCGCUGUCAGACAGAUAGGAAAUAAUUUAAAGACAGAGUUAACGUUGCUUCUUAAGGUCUGUAUCUCCUUGGUCAGUAAAGCCAAUCGCUCUGUAAUAUUUACAGCAUCUGAGACACGUCGCAAUCGUCCUAUAUCUAAUAUAGGACAUCGUCAUCUGGUCUCGGGUAUGUAUAUAUCUCCUUGUGUAUAGCUGAAACCGCAAAAGAGAGAAAGAAAUAUAAGUAAAAAGAACACGUCA